AUGCCUCAAGCUUAUACGAACAAUCAUUCUCCCUCAGUCCUCCAGACAUACACUUGGCGAGAUGCCAAUAAUUCAGCGGCUUAUCUUCUUCCACAUUUGCGGCCACACAUGAGCAUCCUCGAUGUUGGCUGCGGUCCAGGCUCUAUCACAAUCGACCUGGCACGAAAGGUUCCACAGGGGCAUGUGGUGGGCGUGGAAUAUGUGUCCGAUCCAAUUGAUGGAGCACGGUCGCUUGCUAGCUCCCAAGGAGUGACCAAUGUCAAGUUUGAAGUCGGUGACAUACACGAUCUACCAUUUCCUGAAAACACCUUUGAUGUUGUCCAUGCACACCAGGUUUUGCAACAUAUUGCAGAUCCAGUCCAAGCAUUCAAGGAGAUGCGACGUGUUGUAAAACAAGGAGGCAUCGUGGCAGUGCAGGAGACUAUUGACUCAACAAGAUACCCUGAGUCAGAGGGCCUGAAAGCCUGGAGUGAUCUCCAGGACGAUAUGCGACAGACUAAGGGCAAUCGUCUGAAGGCAGGUACUCAGCUACAUGUUUGGGCAAGGAAGGCUGGCUUUCCCGUAGAGAAUAUGAAAAAGAGUACUGGGUCAUGGUGUUUCAGCACCCCCGAUGAACGAGAAUACUGGGGCGGCGCAAUGGAAGAAAGAGUCCGCUCCUCUGGCCUUGCAGCAACCGCGAUCCGUGAAGGACUUGUCAGCGAAAAGGACUUGCAGCAGAUGGCAGCAGCGUGGAGGACCUGGGUGGAGGAUGAGGAUGGGUGGCUUGGAUUUUUACACGGGCAGAUUCUCUGCUGGAAGUGA